UUCGUCAUCUUUCAAUUUUAUGAUAACAGAAGCAACGUUAAAAUUUUCAGGAAGUCAUACUUAUUGUUCAAAUAUAUUAGGGAUUGACAAAUUGUUAAGACUAUUUUUAGAGGUUUACACGAACCGGCUUUAGAUUUUUAUUAGUAAGUAUAUGCAAAUCGUAAACAGUCAAAUAUGUCAACAGAAAAAUUACUCGGUCAUCCCGAAGGAUCUUUGGUGGAAAACAAUCGGCGAAUAGCGUUGUUAACUGGUAUUACGGGUCAGGAUGGUUCCUACCUGGCUGAGUUUCUGCUGGGAAAAGGUUAUGAGGUUCAUGGGAUCAUCCGCCGGGCAAGUACUUUCAAUACAUCGCGCAUUGAACAUUUAUAUGCGGAUCCACAUACCCAUAAGCAGGGCAAAAUGAAGCUGCAUUAUGGUGACAUGACCGACAGUAGCUGUCUAGUGAAGAUUAUCGCUAGUGUUCGGCCAUCUGAGGUCUACAAUUUGGCGGCGCAGAGCCACGUUAAGGUUUCGUUUGAUUUGAGCGAGUACACGGCGGAGGUUGAUGCAGUGGGAACCCUCCGGCUGCUGGACGCCAUCAGAACAUGUGGUUUAGAAAAAAAUGUCCGGUUCUAUCAAGCGAGUACAUCAGAAUUGUACGGGAAGGUUGUAGAAACACCACAGAAUGAGAAGACACCUUUCUAUCCACGGUCACCGUACGCUUGUGCCAAAAUGUAUGCCUUUUGGAUUGUGGUGAAUUAUCGGGAAGCUUACGAUAUGUUUGCCUGCAAUGGUAUUCUGUUUAACCACGAGUCUCCGCGACGUGGGGAGAAUUUUGUGACAAGAAAGAUCACUCGUUCAGUGGCGAAGAUUUACCUAAAUCAGUUAGAGUGCCUGGAGUUGGGAAAUCUUGAUUCCAAGCGCGAUUGGGGACAUGCUAAGGACUAUGUGGAAGCUAUGUGGUUAAUGUUGCAGCAGGAUCAACCACAAGAUUAUGUGAUCGCCACUGGCGAGUGUCACUCGGUGCGUGAAUUUCUGGAGGAAUCAUUCAGAUUCAUUGGCCGCGAAAUAGAAUGGCGAGGUAGCGGAGUAGAUGAGGUGGGUGUAGAGAAAGGUACAGAAACGGUACGUGUUCGGAUUAAUCCGAAGUAUUUCCGCCCGACUGAGGUAGAUUUCCUGCUUGGAGAUGCCAGCAAGGCGAAGGCCGAACUGGGAUGGACUCCGAAGGUGACGUUUUUGGAGCUGGUAGCCGAUAUGAUGAAAGCAGAUAUCGAGCUGAUGCAGAGGAACCCUAGCGCCUAAGUAUAUCAUAUGUCAAGUAGAGAAACCAUCUAAAUUGUAUAUUGAGUUGCCGGCAAGUUUUUGUUAGAUCAAUAAUUUGAACGAAACAAUAGACUAGAACACAAAGAGGCUGUUUUCGUUUGGGUUUCCAAUUCAGCUGUAACUGUAGAUAGUUGAGUUGGAAUUCUAUACGAAGCAUGUCUCUGUUAAACUAAUCUUUCUUGUUUGGUCAAUGGUAGUAGUAACUCGUUGAUAGCAGUGGUCGGAUUAUUCGUAUUGUUCUUUUAUUAAAAUGGUUCAUUAGAUUUGGCAACGAAGUGUUUGAGUAAGAUGAAGAUUUCGAUUUGAAUCUACCUUAUUUUGUGACCUCAUGCUUCUAUACCAUAUGAACUAUUACUGCCGUUCUACGCAUAGUUGUCCCAUGUAUAUAGGGAAUCCUAUAGGACAUAGGACAAAUAUGCUUAUAACGGCAGAUUAUGUUUAUAUAAAAAAAAAUUCUGAUUCAGCGUUCAAAAUGCACUACUAUCAUGUGUCACAUUCCUUAUUAUCUUAAGAACAAGUCCUAAAGAUUGCAUUUAAACAUUUGGGUAUUUUCAAAAAUU